AGCGAAGAAACCGCAGGCGGCGCCAGGAGCGUGUGGCCAUACCGCUUGCUCAGUUUGAAUCAAUGGCUCGACUCUCAGGCUCACGCCAGGCUUCCGGCUCCGGUUCAUUGUCAAGACAGCCUUCCGGGAGCGACGCGCUUGGAGACGACGACGUGGCCUCUCCACCAAUGGGCUACUUCCCCCCUCCCAGCUCACGCCCUCGCCCAAAGUCUGGUAUUUCUACAUCUCGGCCAUCUAGCAUCCAUGAGGACACGUCAAAAGACCCCUUCCAGUAUCAAACAGCUGGGCCCCGUGCUUCACAUGCUGCUCCUAAGCGCCAUGGCUCUGGUCAGUCAUCAGAUCUGAGUUCUAUGUCACGCCGUGGCAGGCCCGGGUCCACGUCUGGCUGGAGCCAGCAAGGAUCGUCAAGGCGGCAAAGCUCCGAGGAGACCAGCGAGGAGCUGUCUCUGGCGGACGAGAGCCCAGUUCAAGCUGCCAAGGGUAGAGAAGACAUAGUGGUCGAGGUGGAACCUGAGUCUCCUCCUGGGCGUGAACAGGCCUCGUCGCGCACGCGUUCAACAACGAGAAAGAGGCCUGAGCCGGCGCCGACAAGGAGGACGACAUCGAGUAGGACGACUACGGGAUCAGGGACUUCUUCGGGAGUACGAAGGAAGAGGAGAGAGGGUGAAGCGCGUUGAUUCGGUCUGGUUGAUUCCUCUUGCGAAAAGUUUGAUUUAAUAGGCUCGUAUUAUUAUGAUGAAUAUAUACUCGUGUCAGGAUA